AUGAAGGCUUAUUACUAUGACAAUGUAGAAGGGAAUAUGACUGCCCCUCACAACAGUGGAAGACAAGUUGACCUUGAGACACUUGAAAAGGCAGGAUUAAUUUACAAGCACUGCCCCUCAAUAGAUGUGGUGAACGAGAUUGCCGAACAGCGUCACUACAAGAACAGGGAUAUAGUUAAGUUGAACAAAGACACAUUCCAAGGUGGCGAAAGAGCACUUUGGUCUCAGUUGGAGAAAUUCUUCCAUGAGCAUUUACAUGAAGACGAGGAAAUCAGGUACGUUUUGGGCGGUGAAGGAUACUUUGAUGUAAGAAGCAAGGAUGAUGAGUGGGUUCGGAUUCUAGUCCAAGUUGGAGAUUUGUUGAUACUACCUCCUGGAAUAUACCAUCGGUUCACAUUGACUGAGAAAAUGGACAUCCAGGCAUUACGGUUGUUCAAGGAUGAGCCUAAAUGGACCGCCAUUCCUAGAGGGGAGAAUGCCGGUGACCUUUCGUUGAAAAGGGAAGAGUAUCUCUCCUUCUUAAAAGUUUAG